UCACUUUUACUACUCUAUAUACUAACUAUGUCUGCUCCUACUGGUGAUAUUGGUUUGAUUGGCUUGGCCGUCAUGGGCCAAAACUUGAUUUUGAAUGCUGCUGACCACGGCUUCACUGUUGUUGCUUACAACAGAACUGUCUCAAAGGUUGAUGAAUUCUUGGAAAAUGAAGCCAAGGGUAAGUCUAUCAUUGGUGCUCACUCCAUCGCUGAAUUGUGUGCUAACUUGAAGAGACCAAGAAGAAUUAUCAUUCUUGUCAAGGCUGGUGCUCCAGUUGACGCUUUCAUUCAACAAUUGCUUCCUCACCUUGAAAAGGGUGAUAUCAUCAUUGAUGGUGGUAACUCUCACUUCCCAGACUCCAACCGUCGUUUCGAAGAAUUGAAGGAACAAGGAAUUUUGUUUGUUGGUUCUGGUGUUUCUGGUGGUGAAGAAGGUGCCCGUUACGGUCCUUCUUUGAUGCCAGGUGGUGCUAAGGAAGCUUGGCCACACAUUAAGGAUAUUUUCCAAUCUAUUGCCGCUAAGUCCGAUGGUGAGCCAUGUUGUGACUGGGUUGGUGAUGCUGGUGCCGGUCAUUACGUCAAGAUGGUCCACAACGGUAUCGAAUAUGGUGACAUGCAAUUGAUUUGUGAAGCCUACGAUCUCUUAAAGCGUGUUGGUAAGUUCUCCAACAAGGAAAUCGGUGACGUCUUUGCCACUUGGAACAAGGGUGUUUUGGAUUCCUUCUUGAUUGAAAUUACCAGAGAUAUUUUGUACUACAACGACGUUGAUGGUAAGCCAUUGUUAGAAAAGAUUUUGGACACUGCUGGUCAAAAGGGUACUGGUAAGUGGACUGCUAUCAAUGCUUUGGACUUGGGUAUGCCAGUUACCUUGAUUGGUGAAGCUGUUUUCUCCAGAUGUUUGUCUGCUUUGAAGGGUGAAAGAACCAGAGCUUCUAAGAUCUUGGGUGGUCCAAGUGUUGAAGGUGAAUCUCCAAUUCAAGACAAGCAAAAGUUUGUUGAUGACUUGGAACAAGCUCUUUACGCUUCUAAGAUUAUUUCUUACGCUCAAGGUUUCAUGCUUAUCAGAGAAGCUGCUAAGGAAUACAAGUGGGAAUUGAACAACCCAGCUAUUGCUCUUAUGUGGAGAGGUGGUUGUAUCAUCAGAUCUGUUUUCUUGGGUGAAAUCACUUCCGCUUACCGUGAAAACCCAGACUUGGAAAACUUGUUGUUCCACCCAUUCUUCAACGAAGCUAUUACCAAGGCUCAAAAGGGUUGGAGAUCUACUAUCGGUAAGGCUGUUGAAUACGGUGUCCCAGUUCCAGCUUUCUCUACCGCUUUGUCUUUCUACGAUGGUUACAGAUCUGAAAAGUUGCCAGCUAACUUGUUGCAAGCUCAAAGAGAUUACUUCGGUGCUCACACUUUCCAAGUCUUGCCAGGUCAAGAAAGUGAAACCUUGAAGAAGGAUGCUUGGAUUCACGUUAACUGGACUGGUAGAGGUGGUAACAUUUCUGCUUCAACUUACGAUGCUUAAGGUACCCCAUCCAACUCGUA